AUGGCUGAAGAAACCGUCAAGAAACGUAGACCGUUCAAGAAGUUCUUCUAUCGAGGUGUUGAUUUAGACCAGCUUCUGGAUAUGAACUUGGAUCAGUUAGCCCAGCUGAUGCCUGCUCGGAUACGCAGAAGAAUUAAAAAAAAACUUCGUAAUAAACACAUGACGCUUCUAAAAAAGCUUAGGAAAAGCAAGAAAGAAUGUCCUUUUGGUGAAAAGCCGGCUAGAUAUGAUUGUUCUUCCAGAGAUGAUCGGAUCAGUUGUUGGUGUUUAUAA